GCUCAUGUGAUCUGUUUUACUGCUGAAUUCGGUGUUGACAACCUGAGUGUGGUUGUUUGCUCUUGUGUGUGUGUGUGUGUGUGUGUGUGUGUGUGUGUGUGUGUGUGCGUGCGCGUGCGUGCGUGCGCGUGCGUGCGUGUGUGCGUGCGCUGCCAGCGGUCAUGUGUAGCAGGUACCAGAUAGUAGUGCAGGGCGAGGCAUCAGAGACGGACUCCGAUGACGAGGUGUAUAUCACCUCUCUGUCAGCUCCUCAGACUACCAUUGCCGGAGCCAAGGUUCAAGGGGAAGCUUCUGAAACGGACAACGAGGAUGAGGUGGAGACGGCAGACCAAGGUCCUGCAUUGAGUCAUGAAAGUGCCGAGAUACUCAAAAGAGAUCUACCUCCGCUUAUUGUAGUGAGAGAUCACCCUGACAUACAAUCAGUUGUGGAAGACAGAGCAAGCCCUACGCAGAAGCCUUUUGGUGACACAUUAUUACAGCAGAAGUUGCAGGAGUCAAACAGCCGGCUUUAUUCUGACGUGGGACAGAUGUUACGACACGUGUAUGGGAGUGCCAGCAAAGAGGUGCGCAGUGCAACAGCACAGCUUAACAUGUCACAGAGCGCCAUCAUCAACGCUUCCCACAACAUCCGACUGAUUUUGGAUGACUUGAAAGCUGUGUCUGAAAAGAUUGACAUCAUCACCAGCUGUCAGAUAUUACCUGAUAUUAAGAUGAACCAUUCAGAUGAGAAUAACACUCCUGUAUCAUGAAGAAACGAAUAAGUAUAGAUGUUAUGAAAGAAUAAUGGGUAGUUUUGGGCUGCAACAAGUGCCCCAGUGUUUAUAAAGUAUGCAUAUGAGCAAGCCAGAAUGUUUAGCAACUUGAUUUGUUUUGCUAUUAUUAUUUGAAAGGCCACAACUAAUAUUUAUUGCUCUCAUUUGAUAUAAAUUUAUGAUUUGAAAUAUUUGUA